AUGUGGCAGCGAAUUCGGUAUGGCGUUCGUUGGAGACCUAGUGAACGUCUCGCACUUGCUGUGAGAGCUCUCGAUUUGAAGUCUGUGAAAUCGGUUAUCAUCUCAAUGGAUCCGCUUUAUCCAGGAAACCUUUCGUUGAGAUCAACGUUGCAGAAAACAUUUACUGACAACGAACGAUCAUCUCGUACAAUCUUAAUAUAG